GGGAACUACUGGUAUUUUCACCAAGACCAUCAAGACUUGUGUUCUUGAUUUGGAACUCGAGAAGUUUUAAUGUGCCAAGGCCAAGGCGGGUUUAUUAAAAUGUCUAAAGGGCCGGGGAGGGGUUGUUUGAUGACAUUUCUAGUUCUUACCUCGUUGAUCUACAAGUCAUCUCAAAUAGGUAAAAGCUAUUAGCAUUUCAUAAAAUUGUUAGGAUUUUUGUAAGAUUUGUGGUAUGUUGUUAGGUAGGAGUGUAAUUUUCAGAUGUCGUAAUGAUCACUAUGAUAAUGCAAAAAUAUUGAGUAUCGUUCGUCAAGAUGUCUCAGAGUUAUGUAAUUUAAUUUAUGGCUUUUUUUUUCUUGUUUAUAAUAGUUCAUAUUAUUUUAUUUUGCUCAAUUUGUAUAAUUUUGACCAAUUUCACUUGUUAGCAAGUGAAUUCAGGAAAACUUUCAAGAUAUUAUGUUAAGUGGUCAUUAUAGCUGCUAUAAGGUUGUUGACACGUGACUUUGUUUCCAGGUAUCGGCCCUGCUCGCGAUUUGAAUAACCUGUAGUUUUUUCCUUUCAGUGGCGCUGCAAAGCAGUGGAGAUCGUUAUUUAUAAUAAAUCAACUGCAAUUUAGCAUUUUGUUGAAAUAUACUUUAUGAUUGCUUUCAUGACAAUACUGUCAUCAAAUUCACGACCGAAUCGAAAGUUAGUGAAUUGGGUGAGACGAUAAUUUCCAGAAAACCUUUGAACGAAGCUGAAGUGACUUUGAGAGUGGACGCCUACUGAUUAGGACUAAAUGAGGGUUAUAUAACAGUUAGAAUUCUCAAUUGCAGUUCAUGGUUAUUGUUAAAAUUAGAUUUAAGGUUUUCAUCACGAACUGACAUCAGCUGUAAUGCCAAAACCAAUUAAACAUAUGUAUGGAUGAAUUCCGUGCCAAGAUUCGUGACUCUGUCUUAUAUCUCAUUGGUUCGUGCAUAAAUUAUAGUCUCACAGUGUUGCACAAUUUUCGGUACUUCAUAUUCUGCAUAACGUUUUCUAACAUUUUGUGUGCAUAAGCUUUAUAAGUUUAUUAUCUGCAACAACUAAUACGAAGUUUUUUUUAGGUUCAGUUACACCAGAAAUUAUUGUACUAGAUACCAAUGGCAACCAAAAAGAAUUAGAUGGUAUUGCUAUUGUUUACAAUUCCCACGUCACUUUAAUUUGCCGUACAGUAUCUGACGAACAUCUUCUAAGAUGGCUGUAUGCACCAUCACAAGAUGGAACGUUUACGCCACUAAAUAAUACAGGCCAUAUUACCAUUUCGUCUCAAAAAAAUGAGGAAGUAUCGUUGCUGCUCGUCAGCGUUCUGUUUAAUAUGUCGGGCGUAUAUCAGUGUACUAAUGGACUUGCCAGUCGUCAGAUAGAUGUUCACGUUUAUGGAGUUUUAAAGAAGAUUAGUAGUACUGUCCACUUGAUAAAAAAACAUGAGGUGGUUGGUGCUUACAGUCUUCAGAUUAACACAAUCAAUUCAAGUUAUCAUCCUGUUGUUGCGUGUGAAUUCCGAGUUGGUUCAAACGGUAUACGAUACACUACUGUCCGUUGGAGAGGCGGAAAGUAUCAUGUUAAACCCAAUCUUUACAAAGUUACUGAGAGUCGGGACGAAAAGUCUGGCAUAAUAUGGAGUAAUUUGACAUUGCUUCAUCCUUCCUAUGACCAAGAGCUGUACGGAAAAUAUUAUUGCAUGUUCAAUAUUGUGCCUGGUACUAUGGAGACAGCUGAAUUACAAAUAAGCAUUCCACCAUUAAUACACAAAAAUGAACGUAGUGUAAAUCUUUAUUCUGGUGUGAAAUACACUUACUUCUGUGAUAUUAUUGCCUACCCACCAAUCACUGAACCUAUUUCAUGGAUGAGGAACGAUGUUCCUCUAGUAAUCCAACAUAAUGGUCGAAUUUCUGUUCAUGAUAAUUCUGAAAAUCGUAUACAUUUUGAAAGUAAAAACGUUCUCAAUGAUCAAAUUGUAUUCGAUACAAUACAACCAGAUGAUAGAGCUGUCUAUUCAUGUUUUGUUCGUGGAGCAUUUGGAAAUGAUACAGCAGCUUUCUUUUUACGAGUAAAAGAUCGUCGUGCUCCUCUAUGGCCUUUAAUUGGUAUUAUCCUAGAGGUGGUAGUUUUGUUCAUAAUUAUUUUAAUUUAUGAAUUAAAACGCCGUGAGCGUACUAAACGGGAAGAAGCUGAAGAAAAUUUGGUCACAUCUAGCAAAACGCCAAAUGCAGCAUAUGGAAUUGAUGAAGCGAGUGAGAAUAUGUUAUUACGACAACGAGGUGAUCGUCACUAGGACAACAUUUCGAAAUUCCAUCAUCAUUGUAUUAAACCAUUAUACACAAAAUCCAAUGUAUUUUCACAUACACAUACGCUUUCUAUGAUGGAACUUUGUUUUUAUUUUUUUCCUUUUCUCAAAAUAUUAUCCACUAUACAGUAGCAAUUUUCUUAUUUCAUUAUUAUGUAUUCUACAGAUUAUGUUAUUUAUUACGUAAUUAUCUUUCAGAUGGUUUUCAUAUUAUCAUCAUUCAUUCGACAUAAUAUUUCAACAUUGAUUGAUGCUCAUAGUGCAUUUUUUUUCUCCAAUGGUUUCCUCAUAUUAUUAUGAUCCUCGAAUGUUAUAUAUACUACUGUCGGAUCACUACUCAUUCUUAUCUGUAUAAAUAGAAAUUAUUCAUAUAAUUACAAAUUUCUUCAUCCGAAUUCAUACACAAUUAUACGCUUUGCAUAUCAUAAUACACUAUAUCUUCCCUUUAAUAUUAUGAUUUUAUCUUUUCCAAUAAAAUAUCCAUUUAAAUUGUUAUACGCAAUGAUUUUUUAAAAAAAAGGAAAUGAAUUAUUAGUUUGUGCAAAUAUCUUUUCCUUAAGGAUUUAUUCCUAUUGAAUUCCAUCGUUCUUUUUUUAUUAUUUCCCUUUCGUAUUUCUCUUUUCUUUUCUUCAUACCUAUCUCCCUAUACUUUUCAUAUUAUUAUUAUUAUUAUUAUUAU